AUUAUGAGCCCAUAACAGAAAUGAAAACCAAACAUCAUUAGCGAUCGAUUCAACCCCUUUCGGGUUAAGCAACCCGCGCUCGCUCGCCCAGUUGCAGAAUGCACUUGCUCCAACCGCGCGGAGAGAGUGCAUGUUAUCUGCCCGCGCAGAGAGUCCCAUUUCUCCGGUUCGAGUUGCAAUGCAUCACAUCAGUCAGUGCCAGUAGUGGUGGAGCAUCUUUCUCUCUCGCAAAGAGAUGACACGCGCGCGCGCCCGCGGGGUGCAACGGAAAGAAAGCCAACCACGCGGCAGCAGCAUCGGAGCAAUCAGCCACCGUCGACGUCGUCAGUUAAACUUGAACUUCGAAAGCGCACGGGUUGUUAGGACCUCUCCGUCGUCGUCGAUCUAGAGGAUUUGAGUAUAGACCGAGUAGACUUUGUUCGCGCUGCGACGACAGUCAGGGCAGCCAGCGAUCAGUCAGAGAGUUAGUGGUGGGCUUUCUUCGCGGAGUAAGUCGCGUAAGUCACGCUUCGAUUGAGGCGUCGUCACUACAGUAGUGACAACGAUAAACACAUCAACCGAAACAGAUGCGGGAAAUUGUUGAUGAAAAUUCAUGAGCUACAGAAUAGUGUGGCCGGUCGUGUAUAAAUAUUUGUUCUGCCGGAUUAACCGAGAGGAUUAACGGAGUGUGACUAGUGUUUUAGAAGUGUGCUGGACGUCGUCUAGCUAGAAGCUGAACGAAGAAGCCAUUGAAAGUGCAAUCAAAGGCAAUCAGUGGUGGAAGUGUUCUUGGACCCCCGUAGCGGUAGAUGAAUAACUAAUGGUCACGAUGAGGCGCCGCGUCGACUUGAGUUUUAUGAUCGGAAUAUGGCUAGUGCUAGUUUGUGUCGAAAUCAGUCAGUGUGACAAUGCUGAACCUAGAGCAUUAGAUUUAUCAGUUCCAUGGAGACCCCUCCCGUAUCACGUACCUCAGCAGCAGCUGAUCAGUGUAGCGAGUUUUGACACAACCAGCAAGGACGAGCUGGUCCAUAUCGCGCAGCACAAUGCGCACAUCCUGAAGCAGUUCAACCAGCCCAUCACCCAGUACCAGAACCAGAACACCCAGCAGAUUCAACCGGUGGGCGGCACAUUCCCACCUCAAGUGCAACAGUCGCCUCAGUCCCCGUCACAACAACAGUCCCACAAAAAGCCACCGCCCUAUGGGGGUCACACGCCCGGACCCAAGUACAUGACCACCCCCCUGCUGCUGACCAACGUGAGCCCGGGAGCCGUGGGCAUGCAAACCAUGGCUCGCCACGCCGGUAAACCCUUUGGACCCAAAUCGGAUCAAAUUACCACGCUCAACCUGGUGCAGCACUCGCCAACGCCACCGAAGCUUGUCACUCCGAUGGCGGGACAUUUGGCUCCGGUCGGGGUCAAGGCGGCCAAAUUCAAUGGCCAAUUUAGGGAACCUGUCCACAAUGCACCGCCUACAACCCUCCAGAAAUCCACCAUCAACCCUCCUCACCCGGUGAUGAACAAAAUUCCGUCGCACUUGGCAGCGGGCUACCGGCCAAAACAACCCAUAGCUGCCACGUCGAACCGCUUGGAACACUAUGUCUCCCCUAACCACCUGUACGGCACCUACAUCCAGUUUGGACAGGCCUCGAGCCCUCUUCAGUCAGCGAAAACCAAAUUCAUCAGCCAACUUGCCAGCCAUCCUAGCUUUGAUGCACAGCUCAAAGGUUUACUGCAUGCUGGCGUUGGUGGUGGCUACCAGCAAACGUUUGCCCACAUCAAGAACCUUCAGAAGAUGAACUACCUCCAGCAGCAGAGCAAGCUGCAGCCCUUCUACAACCACCUUGCACCAUCCGAUAUCGAUCUCCAGAAGAAGUUGCCUUCAUCAGGAGAGAAAGAUUCAACCAAAGUCCCCGUUACCCCAUCGACGCCACUUUUCCCACACAUCCCUCCUAGUGUCCUGACCCCGUUCUUCCAACAGGUUCAGCAGCAACAACAGAAUAAGUAUGGAUUCAGCCUGAAGACCCAGCACCCAGCCCCACCAGCAGCUUCUUCCGCUCCAACACAAUUCUAUAAAGAAAAGCCUUAUAAACACCAACAACCCAGUUCCCAUUACGAUUCCCAACAAAUCCAUCCGACUCCACUUCAACACCAUGGCACCGAAUCGUUUGGAUUCACUUCCUAUCAAAGCCAUCAGCAACCUCCAAUAGAUCAUAAGCCCCAUGAAUCUGUCAAGUUCAAAGACAAUAAGCAUGUGUUCAACGAGAUUCACGACGAAUACAGCAAAAAUCUAGUCCCACCACCUCCCAGCACCCAACAAGCUUUCUCUCCUACGAUCACCAACCAUGCAGAUCCCAGCAAAGAUCCCAUCGAGAUCCUCAACAAGUACAAUAUCAAGUCCCAUUCCCCGCUUCAAGAUGCCAACCGAUUCAACUACGAAUCAUACGCCAGGCCAAGUGCCUCGUCUCAUACUCCUUCGUCGACACCAAGUUCAACCAGCUAUCCAUCCUCAACCUCAUCCCAAUCCCCACCCAACACGACUCCACGACAACCAUUCUACAGCCAUUCCAUCAUCUACGGUGGUGACCACAACGGUUUCAGCACUCCCGUCAUGGUAACCCCAGUCAACGACGACUGGAUAGGACGUGACAAAUUUAUCACUACCGAAAAACCAAACGUCUUCAGACACCUCUUCCGACAGCAGGAAAGCGAAUACAAGCAACACAAACUCAUGCAUCCCAGCUACACAGGGCUUCCGCCUAACAAACGACCUUCACCUACUACACCCGUAUCCAUUUCGGACUCCUCCACGGAGGAACCCCUCAUCACCCACAGCUUCUUUACGAUUGAAGAUGCCAUCUCGGAUCCUACUCUGCUCCCACCUGGCAGCCGUAACAAGUACAAGUACACCACUGAGGCAGAAGAAAAUCGACUGGACGAGCCUCAGCCGGAGAUCGUUACCAUUGGAUCCGCAUUCAUCGAUUCCCAAGAAUUCGGCACCACCACUCCAUACCCAAUGUUCAAAUCCAAGGGCCGCAGGCGUCGUCCGAAACCGUCCACUGAACAAUCCAUUGAUGCCGAUUCCACUGAAGCCCCCGAGCGUCCGAAUCGCAACCGGUUCCGAUUCCGGCCACGACCGACGAUCGACAUCGAUAACGAACUCAAAACAACCACCAUUUCUCCACCGACCACCCCAUACAUCGCGGAAGAAAGCUCGCUUCGAAAACUGCGCAAGAAACUUCCGACCACCUUCAAUCGGAAUCGAAUCACGUCCAACCGCGACGAACAAGACCAAGAGCAGCCGGACACUCCGGUUACGCAACUCCCACCGGUGACAACCACUACGGCAGCUUUCAAUACCCCGACAUCCCUGUUCAACUUCAACAACGAAAACAAUGGACUGCGGUCACGAUUCCGGCCAAGCAGCGGAUUCGAUGUUAAACCAACGCGGACUAAGUCCAAGUUCAGCGACGAUUUCGAAGAUCCUUUCAAAUCCGCUGAAGUGACCCGCGACACCGAAAACAAUCGGGUCAACUUCAAACUGCAGAACACCAAAUCGAACCUUCGACUGCCAUCCUCAUCCCCAUCGUUCGGACCGAGCACGUCCUCGACCUUCGCCAGUUUCACCUCUGACGAGACCAGCGGCGAAGUAGUGAACCGAACGAAACCGGAACUCAACCGACCUCGCUUCAGCAUCAAAGAAUACCGAAACAAACUAAACCGAACGACGUCCACGAGCACAACUUCCACCAGUAGCACCACCACCUCGUCUCUCUUCGGCUCGUUUGACCUGGACGUCACAACGCAACCCUCAACCAAGCUACGUUUCCCAACGCGGAAUCGUUUCGUGCUGAAUUCCUCCCGGGUCAACAAAACGUCCGAAUCGAACGAAGUGCUUUCGCCAAGCCAGGGAAGCGGUCCCAGCAGCAGCACGACGGAAAAGCCAUCAUCGGUCAUCAACGAAACCACCACCGUAAGGACGUCGUUCCGACCGACGGGAACCCGCGGGCAGUUCAAUAGGUUUACGGUGAAGAAGGCUACCACGGAGCAGCCGCAGCUGUCCAGUGUGUCUUCACGGGUGGUGAACCGGGGGCGCAUUCGGUUGCAGGAUACCACCACACAGUCGACCCCGAAUCGAACCUCCGUCCCGGCGACCCUGAAUACCAGCACGCUGGCGAAUCGUCGCCCUCCAAAAAUCAGCCUUCGGCAGCGAAUCCAGAACUACAACCGCAAGAAGGACACCGAAGGGUCUCUCAACAAUCCCGAGACAGACAACAACAGCCUCCUCAACUCAUCGGACGAGGUAAUCAAACAGUCCUUCGACGACCUGUCGGUUCUGGGCAGCGAUGCACAGAAUCGCUUCGAAGAGAGCCAAUCCGUGCCAUCGACGUCCACGAGCACCAGCACCACAACGACCGAGGGCUACCGGCAUCCGGAGACUGCGAUCAUGAAGAUAUCGCCGAAGGAUUCGUCCGGUAACAGCAACAACGAUGGCGAUUGGGAUUUGAACAGUGCUUCGUCGGAUUACUCCAAGCGUGUGGUAGAGUUGACCUUGUCGGCUAGUAAAGACAAGGGCUUCAAGUCCGUUAACAAGGGCUUGUUGUCGAGGCGAGUUCCGGGGUACUUUACGCUGGCCACGGAAGACCCAAUUCUGCCCAUCGAGGCGUUCUUUCCACAGGUGAAGAAGGUGGGUGCGUGAGGUGAGCGAUUGUGAGGGGUGAAUGAGUGAUUAUGUAGUUAUGAGAGUGAAAGAUUUAUAUGUUGAUUGAGAGCCUUGGAGUUCAAGUAUUGUGUCGGUUGAAUGUGCAUUCUGAAACUCGGUGCUGAUGGAUAUGGCCAUGCAUUAUUUUUCUUUCGUUUGCAAGACCGAAUGUUGGGGUGAAUCUUCAAUAGUAAAACUGGUUCGAUAACGAUAGGCAUAGUUCAAUGUGUGCCAAAUGUAUCAUGAAUAUCUGUAGUGUGAAAAAAUGUGAAUUUAUUUAUGCAGUUUACAGAUGUGGUUGAAUAAAAACUUUACGCAUAUAGUUAUCUUCGAGACGUAUUUCAGGAAGGUCAAGAAAGUUCAAAAAUAACAUUGACUUGAUUCAUAUUUGUUUUCGCCAUUCUCCAUGCUUUUAGACAAUUCGUAAUAUCUUCACUUCAUUAUGUACAAGAAAUCAAUGUUACAGAAAUUUAAGUGCUUUUACCAAUCAUGUCCAAAGCAAAAUCCCUUUUCGUCUGCUACUGCUGUUGAUUCAGGGUCGCAGUGACUAGAUUCAGUCAAAUCUUGACAGGGUUUAACCAUCAGGUUUGAUUCGUUCAGGUUCUUAUUUAUUUUAAACAGAUGUUUGCUCUGCAAUUCAUGCCAAAUAUUUGACUAUUUGUUCUAAUAGCCUUAGUUGUCGAUCCGGUUUGAAUAAUGUGAGUCUACGUGAGAUCGAUAAACAGUGUGAUGGUCCAUCUGGUCGAUGAUUUUCGGAAGAAUGUUAAAUUUCUAAAGUACUAAUGAAUGUGUGUGUGGAAAGAAACGUUGUCAUUAUUUUAUUUGUUGUCAUAUGCGGCGGCGGAUAGAUUCCCAUUAGAUUCUAUAAAUUUUCGUACUGCAUGAUAGUUAUUUCACUAUAAAUUAUUUACCAGUUCGCUGUCUGUUUGUCACCAAAGUCACCAAAAUUAGGUACUGAAGAUGAUAUUGAAUCAGGGGAGAAUUCGAAGCGAACAGGAACUGAACAGGACUUCAUACGCAUAAUUUUUUUUACAGCUGGACAAUACCGUCUAGCAAUCAUGUAUUUAUUUUAAAAAGGAAUCAUAAAAAAUAUCCACUUGUACCUUUAGAGGUGUUAGCAACACAGAAAGAAACACUGAAAUAGGAUAAAUACUAAACUGAAUCGAAUGAUUCCGUAUAAGCAGAGGACUACUUCGUUGCUGCUGAAAAGUCUGUACAUUAAAACUUGGUUCAAUAAUGUUAGGUAAUUCUUCGUAACUAUAGUAGUUAUAACUUUCAUUGGUAGUAUAUAGUCAAGCGAAGCUGACAAUAGAAAAGAAAACGAAACAUCUAGAUGUAGAUAAAUCGAGAAUAAAUGAAAAAUUGUAAAUAUAUGAAACGA